CAUCUCACUUUCUCAACCUCUGCAGCCUCCAGAAAGGAAGACCCAAAUUUUGUUAUUGCACAGGGUCUCCGUUUUCUCAGGACCAGCCCUGACUGAGUUCACCUUUGGCGGUCGGGAGAAAAAAGAAUGGCGGACGAGGACUAUGAGAUGGAUGGAGGAUAUGAGGAUGAGCCAGUUGAGCCUGAGAUUGAGGAAGGAAUUGAGGCAGAGGAGGAUGCCAAUAAUGAGGACCUACCUGAUGCCUUAAUAGGCGAGGGUGAAGACAAACCUGAAGAGGUUGCUGUGGAAAGGCCUAGGAAAACAUCAAAGUACAUGACAAAAUAUGAAAGAGCAAGAAUUUUGGGUACUCGAGCUCUUCAGAUCAGCAUGAAUGCUCCUGUGAUGGUUGAUUUGGAGGGUGAAAGCGAUCCCCUUGAGAUUGCUAUGAAAGAGCUGCGAGAGAGGAAGAUUCCCUUCACAAUUCGUCGGUAUCUCCCAGAUGGAAGUUAUGAAGAUUGGGGGGUUGAUGAACUCAUCGUUGAAGACUCGUGGAAGAGACAAGUCGGGGGAGACUAAGUAACGGUUUCUAAAUUGCUGUAGUGCCUUCGAUAGAAUGAUGAGGCAUUGUUGAUAUCGUGCAGUGUCAAUUCAAUGCUCUUGUGGAACUGUGAUUAGUUUCAGUCUUUCUGCUCUCCUUAUCGUGGUGAUAGCUUCAUUAGCAAAAGAAGAAUUAUUAGCAGAAAAACUGUGCUUUUUGUACUUUACUCUAAUUUCAUAACAUAGUGGUUGGUACCUAAGACGAGGCCGGUCUCUAGUCCUGUAUGGGAACCGGCGGUGGGCGGCGAUUUUAGGACUAGUUAGGGGUGGACCCGUUCUGAAAUCGGGUUUGACACUGUUUGGGACCAGAUUGGGUCUGGAAUUUCCGGUUUCGAGUCUAGUCCGGGACUAAAUCGGGAACAAGACCAACCUUAGGAAUAGUACAAAGACCGGAAUGGCUAGUUUGACUUUUUUAUUUCCUUUUUGCCUAUAAGCUGGCCCUCCCAAACUGGUCUUUGGAGCCAAUCAGACCCCAAACUACUUUUUUCGAUCGUUGGGUUGUGGGAGUGGGGUGGGGGAAUUCAGAAUUGGGGAAACACUUGUUUUUCUGAGGGACUGAGGGCGGUGGAGUGGACAAUCAGCUCCCAAUUCAAGCUUUUCAUCACCUUUUGACUUGAUCUUCCAUUGAAAUCACUCUUUUUACCCUUUCUCAAUAUGGGGAGUAAUUAUGUGACAAAUUAACUCAUCCAUUAUGAAAAGUUUAUUGAAAAUGCAAAAUGUUACAUUUAUUUUC